AUGCAGUUGGGCUAUUCCAUGCUUGGAUUAUUGUCUGAAGGUUUUGAUCUUGAUCGUUGUCAUCUCAAAAGUAUGGAUUGCGCGGAGGGUCUUGGUGUUUUGUCCCUUUACUAUCCAGCAUGCCCUCAGCUAGAACUCACCAUAUGCACCAACAAACAUUCUGACAAUGAUUUUCACACAGUGCUUCUACAAGAUCACAUCAAAGGACUUCAAAGAGUGAAUACUAGCAAAGCUAAUGGUUGGCGGAGAGGGGGAGAAGCUGCUGGGGAUAAUCAGAAUCCACCGCAGGCUGCAGGUGAAAGAGGGGCCACGCCAGUUAACCCAGUUAGGUUGAGUGAUGCUGAGGUGAGGGAAUCUUUGUCCCAGAUUGCAUAG